CUCCCCUCGAACCCCUACAUCGAAAAGCCAAGAGCCGCUUUCAGCCCCCAAAAUCCCCAAUCCGCCGCGUCCGAACCAACGUCGUCGGCUCCACCCGUUCGAUCCCGUGAUGGCGCCUAAGGCAGAGAAGAAGCCCGUGGAGAAGAAGCCGGUGGAGGAGAAGGCCGAGAAGAAGCCUAAGGCGGAGAAGCGCGUGCCGGGCUCCGGCAAGGAGGGCGGCGACAAGAAGGGGAAGAAGAAGGCAAAGAAGAGCGUUGAGACCUACAAGAUCUACAUCUUCAAGGUGCUCAAGCAGGUGCACCCGGACAUCGGAAUCUCCUCCAAGGCCAUGUCCAUCAUGAACUCCUUCAUCAACGACAUCUUUGAGAAGCUCGCCGCCGAGGCCGCCAAGCUCGCGCGGUACAACAAGAAGCCCACCAUCACCUCCCGCGAGAUCCAGACCUCCGUCAGGCUCGUCCUCCCUGGCGAGCUCGCCAAGCACGCUGUCUCCGAGGGAACCAAGGCCGUCACAAAGUUCACCUCAUCUUAGGUUGUCGGGUCUUUUGUUGCCGUCCUGUUUCGUUUGGCCAAUGUUCGGCGUAGUGUUAGGUUGGUCGUGUGGAACAAUGUAGAAUGGUUCACGUUUGCAGAAUGAAUUUAUAAUCUCUGCGGAAGUUCCAAAUAUAAUUUGUUCGAAAGGUUGUGUUCAAUUUGGGCCGCCGCCUAUGGACGAGUUGCUCGAAUUGAUCUUGUUCUGUUUGAAUUUGUAGCGGCAGGUUUUUCACAUUUCUUUCUGCAGGGUUUCCAGGCCGCGCGUUUGCAAGCAUUCAUUACAUUUUGGGUAUUGUAUUUGGUUACUUUCGACA